AGGACCAUAAUAUGUGGUUGCAUCUACUGUUUUUUUCCUCUCAGUUUGUGGGCUAUGGGGAGGAGGUUAAUAGCUAACUACUGCCAAUUGUCAAAUUUUCUUACCAAAUAUUAGUAUUUGAAGCAGUAGUUUAAUUUAUUUAUGAGACCUCUCAUAUAACCUGUUGUUUUAUUCAUUCAAAGUUUAUUGACUGACUAGAAAAGUGAGGCUAAGAAGUGGGAAGAUGUGCAAUUUCCAGGGCUCUUUUGCUUGAUGGACCGUACGCCUGGCUGCAGUGAUAAGGUUACUUUGAAGAAGUGGUUUUUCAUUGACAAAAGGGUUGGUUAGAAGUGUGUGAAACCAUUUAAGAGCAGAGUUACUCAAACCAUUGCCAACUGCUUGCAUAGUUUUAAAACUUGUUUUCUGCCAUAAAAAGAUACUGGGCACAAUGGACCUGAAAUCAAAUACAUCCCCUGUUGUCACCGAUCCUGCCCCACUGACUCCGUCCAGAUUGGGCAUCCACUCAGCUUUGAUGCCAUACCCUCCGGUUGGGCCAACUUUCUCUCCCACACUCUUCCUUACUAUCCCAAGGAAGAAGCCUGGAAUUCUAGAUGAUGUUAGAUCAAACACUUGGUUGGUGGAUGCCAUGAAAUCUUCAUCUCCUACACAUAGAAAGAAAACUAAGGAUUCCACUGCUGAACUAGCAUCAAAUGAAAAUGAUCUUGCUUACCGCAUAUGGAUGCUCAAGUAUCCCUCGGCACUUUCAUCAUUUGAGCAAAUCAUAAAUUAUGCAAAAGGCAAAAGAAUAGCACUUUUUCUGGACUAUGAUGGGACUUUAUCACCAAUUGUAGAUGAUCCAGAUCGAGCUUUCAUGUCUAGUGCUAUGCGUGCUGCUGUGAGGAAUGUGGCUAAAUAUUUUCCCACAGCAAUUAUUAGUGGGAGAAGUCGUGAUAAGGUAUAUGACUUUGUCGGACUAUCUGAACUUUACUACGCUGGUAGUCACGGCAUGGAUAUAAUGAGCCCUGUUCGAGCCAUUUCUAAUGACUAUAGUUGUAUUAGAUCUACUGACAAGCAGGGCAAGGAAGUUAAUCUUUUCCAACCUGCUAGUGAGUUCUUACCAAUGAUCAAGGAGGUUCUUAGAUCUCUUGUUGAGCUCACAAAAGACAUCAGCGGAGCAAAAGUUGAGAACAACAAAUUUUGUGUUUCAGUACACUAUCGUAAUGUAGAUGAGAAGAGUUGGUCAACCAUUGGAGAAUCUGUUGAUGAAUUGUUAAAACACUACCCCCGUCUGCGAUUGACACAUGGCCGGAAGGUUUUAGAAGUCAGGCCUGUGCUUAACUGGGACAAAGGGAAAGCUGUUGAGUUCUUACUUGAAUCAUUGGGGUUGAAUAAUUGUGAUGAUGUUCUUCCCAUUUACAUAGGAGAUGAUCGUACAGAUGAAGAUGCAUUUAAGGUGUUGAGAGAGGGAAAUAAAGGUUACGGAAUCUUAGUUUCUUCUGCUCCAAAAGAAAGCAAUGCAUUCUACUCUCUGAGGGAUCCAUCUGAGGUGAUGGAAUUCCUCAAGUGCUUGGUAUCAUGGAAGAAGUCAAGUUAACUUAUGGAACACAUAAUACCCCCAUUUUGUUGGAUUCUUUUCAUAUGAAGAUGGAAUGACUAGUUGCGGGGAUGGUUUAGGGAGCAGAGGUGCUUAGUAAAAGUUUCUAGUGACGAGAUUCAGGAUAUUCUAAUUUACUGUUUCUGCUCAGAGCUUUUCUUUGUAAAUUCAUUUUCGUAAUUGCUGCAUCAAGGAUGCCCUUAGCCCAGCCAAUGUAAUACUCAUCGAUCUUCAUAUUUUGUUUUUUAACUUUGCCUGCCACUUCUCCCCAAGGGAGAGUCUACCUCUUUAUCUAGUAAUUUAUGUUCAAGAGUUUAUUUAUUGCCCUAUUCUAUCACACUGCUU